GGGGUUUGGAAGGUGAGCCAAGUCCGCGUCGGAUCAACAUUGAAGUGUUUUCCAAGCAUAACUGACAACUAAAGAUGUCAUAAAAAACAUUUUGAACUCAACUGCAAUGGAUGACUUAGACCACAGUGUGCUGAUAGCAGAGCAGGACUGGGACUGUUUCUGUACAGACAGUGAGGAAUGUUCUGUUCAGCAGGCCAAGCUUGCAGCCUUAGAUGAGUCUGGCUUCAGUGACACUGACGAUGACAAAACCUCUGUCCACGUGUCAUCUCUUUCCAGCCAGACCAGCCCUGAUCAACUCUGUGAGAAAGAUAGUGUAGAAGUACAAAAACAACAACAAAUAAGAGAAUGUAAAUUAGAACAUACAUCUGAGCACUCAGAGUUUACUGAACAUCCUAAACCAAAUGCAGAGCCACAGAAUACCAGGUCCGCUGAGCAGAUGUCCGAUACUGGAGCAAAUGAACCAGGGGCUACAUGUGAAUGUCACAACAAAGCUAAUGAAGACAGCAACCUGAAUGGUGAGAAUCAAUCAAGCCAAGCCACAACCAAGCCAGUCUCUGAAAUCUCUAUAGAAGAUAUAAAGCAUGAAAAGAGAAAGGAUGGUAUAGAAACGUUAACUGAGGAGACGGACUGUUCACCAGUGGCCCAAAAAGAGAAGGAACGUUGGUUUGUGACCGUAAAUGACAGCCCAGUCCGCCUGAGAGUAAAGGAUCCCAACUCGGUCAAAAAAAAAAAAAGAUGGAAAAAAAAACCUUCUAAAAACUUUAGACAGAAUAGCGGAGUGACAGAGAGGUGUUCUUCCUUAAAUAACAAUACAGAACCAGAUAAAGAAAUUACUGAGAGACAAACAACGCAGGACAAAUUUGAACAAGAACAUUUUUCUUCUGACUCACCCAAUAUUCAAAACGUACUUCAUAUCCAAGAUGUUAAAUGUAUUUCGCCCCCUGGAUCACCUGAGGAUGAAGGGGGAAAAACAAGCUGUCCUAUUAGUCUAAAAAAGAAAAGCAUGUCAGAAAUGCCAGAAGCUAACUUGCAAAGAAAUCCUGCCGACUCCCUAAAUUCACAGACCAUAUUUAAAGAUCUCAGUGGCCCUUUGCCACAGUACUGGGAUCGUGAAAGCGCUGUGUGUGAUAAAUAUGACAAAUCCAUAGUAGAUAUUAACUGUGAAUGUCAACAUUCAACUGAUAAUUUAAGCCACUUUAAUAAUGACACAGGGGUGGAAAGUCAGAGAUUUAUUCUGGGUGCCUCUAAACCCUCUGCUCCUUCAGAUACUGAAGGAGAAAAAACAGAACAGCAAGAGCCCUCGGGACAGACUUAUAAUAGAGAAGAAUCAUCCCAAUCGUCCCAAGAGACACAAUCCUCCAGUAACAGCGCCAAGACUUCAGGUCCAACUCGACCCAUAUUUGCCAUUUCCUCAUUUUGGGAUGAAAUGGAAAAACUGACAAUAAAUGAUAUUUUGCAACUUAGAAUAGCCAAUAACAGGUCUCUACUGACAGAAAGCAUCAUUCCAGAAGAAAGCAGCCCUGUGGUCGCUGUCGAUGCUCAGCUUCCAGAUAGGGGUGAGGUGGAAUCUAAAGAUGAUAGUUUAGAAGAUGGCCUGGUAGACGACGCAGCAGAUUCAGACUAUUUCACACAUUUGGAUGACUCUAAACCAGACAGAUCGAGCUGUGAAUUCUCAGCUUACUCUGAUUUCGAUGAUGAGUUUCUACAACUUCUUCAUGCAAGUGCAAACCCUAGCCCUGAACCCCUUGAAGGCAAAGAGCAAACCCAACGUUUUCUUGAGUCUGGCAUAGAUUCAGAAGAAACUUGGCCAAGUGAAUCAAAUGAGAUGGUGAAGCUGUGUCCUGAGAGUGAUCCCUCACUAUAUUUGUAUUCAGAGACAGAAGCAGAAAUGCAGGAUGUAUUUUUAACAGCUAAAGAAGACAACAACAUGAAUACCUUUCUAUUGGACCACUGUAGCACAAGGAGAUCAACGCCAUCACCAGUUUUAUCGAUUUCUGAUAUUCUAGACGAUCAGUGUCUGCUGUCUUUCUUCGAAAUCUUGAGAAGUGACACCAAAGCAGAGCAAUACCAAACUUGGAUCCCAGAAAGUAACACUUCGCUUUGUUUUUCACAGAGCUUAUCUGUGGCUGAGACUUAUGAUGACUUCUUCUCAGAUUUUGAAGUUGGGAAUGUUCUCUUUCCUUCAGUUCAAGUUUCAACAAAGAGCGAGAAAACAUUGGUACCGAUCUAUUCCUCUUCUCAUUCAGUGGUGAAAGACCUAGAAUUUCCAGAGGUAGAAGAGGUGAUACAGUCGGAUUGUGAAGACGAGAAUGCCCCAGUCCAAGUUAUGAGGUGUACAAGCCCUUCUGAAACAUCAAACAUGUGCUUUAUCACUAGUCGGAGAAGUACCUGGAGAAAACUUUCUCUGAGACACACAAAACUUCUAAUGGGAAGGACCUGGUAUAGGAUGGCCACCUCUUGGGGUUUUCCCAAGACAGUUGACACAGUCUACAGUUAUAGAACAAGAACAUCAUCAAGUUCUUCUAUAGCUCAGCCAAUGCUUCCAGAGCUUUUCCUAGACAACCAGGCCCUUGAACAAACGACAGAACAUCAGAUACAUGUUGGGGCAACUUUUGCAAAUGCAGAUAGAGAUUGCUUCCUUUUUUCAUUAAAGCAAGCAGACAUGUGCCUUGUUUGCAUUGCUUUUGCGUCUUGGGCACUGAAGUCAAGCAACCCACAAUCUAACGACAUGUGGAAAGCAGCUCUUCUGGCAAAUGUGAGUGCGAUCUCUGCCAUCCAGUACUUGCGGCGAUAUGUAAAAGAAGGAUGAACCAUAAAAAUCUAAUAUUAGAGCUUUCUGAGGAUUUCUCACAAGGGGCCAGUGUACAGGAAAGGGUUAAUUUUGCACAAAUUCACAACAAACACUUUAGUAAAUACACAUAUUAGAUUGUAUUCCAUAUUUACUAACAGUCUAAUAUUUUCAUGUUUAAUAUAUUCAUGUUACAAAAUAGGUGUUCAAUCAAUAAAUAACUUAUCAAAGGACAAUUUUGUUAAAAAAAAAAAAAAAAAGCAUACAAAGCAAAGGAGAAAACAUUCGUUUUUCCCCCCAUACAAACACUUGUUCAGUUAGAAGACAUAUAUUGCUUUAGAUAUGAUGUUGAUAUGGACCAGAAAUGAAAACUGGUAAGUUUUGCGUCAAUUAUAUUCAGGACUCAAGCUGUGCUAUACAUAUUUAUGUAACUAACAAGUAAACUGUUUUGCAGUGUACAUAUAAAAAACAUUUUCAAUGAUAAUCACUCUAGAUGCAUCUAUUAAAUGCAUAAACAUCAUGCGGCCAAAGCUUUAAAAAAAAGUUCAUAUAGUUUUUCAGUGAAGAAACAGAUUUGAGCACAUUUCAUGAAGAAUAUAAAUUUGCACAUAAAAUAUAGUUGGAAGUUCAGGAGGUAUCAGAAAGUGCCAGAAAAAUAUGACUGCUGCUGAGUGUCAAAUAUUUCUAUCACACAUAAGCAAAGACUGGUGUCAGUGUAUUAAGUGUAUAUGAAACAGCCUCACAAAAUUAUGCUUACAAAUAACAAAUGAAUUUAUUACUAAAAGAAAAUGUACUGAUGAAAAAAUGAAAAGAUCCGAGUUGACUGUGUUCAUAUGACAUGAUAAAGGAUGAGUAAAAAUAAUUCUUUAAUAAUAAUACUUUUUGGCAGUUUUGGAAAAAGUGACCCAUCAAAGUUCCACAAUAAUGGCAUUAACAGAUAACACUCAUCAACUGUCUGCUUCAACACACAAAACAAUGGCACUACAUUUCAUGAUUUCUAUUGUUAUUUUAACAAUUAAUAGUAGUGCACAACAAUACACUUGUAUUGCAUUAAACCAUCACAAAAUUACUCUUUCUCUCUCUAUUGUGUUUAUAAUGAAUUUCAUCUUAUUGUGAGAAUGCUGUGCUCUUUCCCAACCAGCCUGCCUAUGAAAAUGUAACUUACUAAACAGUAGCCUGGUUGUUUAAUUGGCCAAGUGCACAUGCUAGGACUGAAACUGGUAUUGAGGAUACCGUUAAAUAUGCCAUAUGCAUUUUAUUGCUAACUGUAGGUACCUCUCCAUAAAUUAACUUCCUAAACUUCUGUGCCAAGUAGGGAGGACCCAGAAAUUGACCUGCUCUAUCAAAUUGUGUCCUUAAGCAUGGCGGUAAACACUGCAAGCAGGUGACUGUUGGCCUGAUCAGUCUUCCACAGCAUCGUAUGACCAUGGCAGUAAAGCGACUGUUCUGCAGAGCUGGAUAAGCUCUGUUCCCAGACAGUGGAAAUUGUCCCAUUAAUUAUCCCAUUAAUAAUGUAGACCUAGAUUUGGUCUACAUUAUUAA